GCAAAGAACAAGAUCUCAUUGAGACGCUCUUGUCAAGCCCGAGUAUGAAAAUCCCGUCAUCACCAUUCCAUCGCCAUCACUCUUCGACUGUUGGGCAGACAGCAAUUUCCAUACCUGUCAUGAUGAGUCAAUCUGAAGCAACGUGGACCUCAGCCUUUGGAGGGAUCCCGGAAAUCGUCAUCAAACCAUGGAAACCACCGCCACGAAGGACCUAUCUCUUUAAAAGAGCGAACCUCGUUGAUACCGCUCAAGGAACCAUUAUCUCCAACGUAAACAUCAAGAUCGCAGAUGGCGUGAUCAAGCUCAUCGAGAAAAACGAUCCCAGAAUUACCAGCCUCGCUCAUCAUCAACGAGGCGAAGAUGACUUGGGAUCGGUAAUCGAAGUUGACCUUGAAGGCAAAUUUCUGUGCCCUGGGCUUAUUGACUGCCAUGUCCACGUCAGUGCCGUACCAGGGGAACUCAGUCUUUCAUCCACCGCCGCUAUCUCUGAUCCCGCCAUUUCGCUUCUUCGUCAACCCUUCGUCUGCUCCCAGAUGCUUAGCAGGGGAUUUACCACCGUUCGUGACACAGGCGGUGCCACGCUUGCUUUGAAGGAGGCCAUCGAAGAGGGUGUUUUUCCCGGGCCACGGCUCUUCAUCUGUAAUCGGGCUCUGUCUCAGACAGGUGGCCAUGGUGACCUCCGCGGCGCGCACGACCACAAGAACCGAGGAGGAGGAGGAGGAGGAGGAGGAGGAGGAGAAGGCUGCUGCGGGGGCUCAGCGGGUCAACUGGCUGUGGUCUGUGAUGGAGUACCGGAGUGCAUUCGUGCGGCGCGAGAGCAGUUGAGAACAGGAGCGGACUUCAUCAAGAUUAUGGUAGGAGGCGGCGUUGCCUCCCCCACGGAUCGGUUGACCAACACGCAAUUCACGGCUGCUGAGGUCCGGGCCAUCUGCGAUGUGGCAGAGAGCUAUGGAACCUACGUGACAGCUCAUGCGUACACGCCCAAAGCAAUUCGCCAUGCUGUUGACAAUGGUGUCAAGGGUAUCGAACAUGGAAAUCUUAUUGACGAAGCGACGGCACGGUACAUGGCCGAGAGGGGAAUAUGGUUAACACCAACGCUAGUGACAUAUGAUGCGAUGGCAUCAGAUGAGUAUGCCGGCUUCCUACCACCAGAGAAUCAGCGAAAAAACGAAGAGGUAUUGCGGCAGGGGCUGAAGUCGCUCACAAUUGCGGAAAAGGCAGGAGUCAACAUGUGUUAUGGCUCUGAUCUUUUAGGACCUUUGACGAGAGAGCAGUCAAAGGAGUUUGGCAUCCGGUCGGUCAUCCUAAAGAGCAAGCAGGUUUUGCAGUCAGCUACUGUGAAUGCGGCAAAGAUGCUAGGACAGGAGUCGUUUCUGGGCCAACUCAAACCAGGAUAUGCUGCCGAUAUGCUUAUUCUCAACGUCAACCCAUUCAAUGACGUGGCGAUGCUGGAUGAACCAAAGAAACACGUGUUGGCAGUAAUUAAGGACGGACGAGUAUGUGUGAGCCGUUGGAGAAAGCUUCCCAUGGAUGCAACACACGGAGAGGAGUUAAUUGAGUGAAAACAAUGGACAAGAUGUAAAGAAAUAAAGGGAGUCAUUGCAUUUACCCUAGAACUAGCUAGAGAUCCCACAACGAUGUUUGUAAGCCAUGA